GAUGCUAACUGGAUAGCAACCAAGAUGGAGUCACCCGGCGGCAGCUUUAUUUUCACAGAGGCUUUGUCGGUUUUUAGCCGUUGAUAAUUCUAGGAUUGUGCUUGUUUUUGGGGAUGUCGAGUAGAAGAGAAUCGGUCUGUGGAGUUCAGCUUUGGGUAAAGGGGUAUUUUUUCGGUUUUUGUUCGCUAGUUACCCCCGUCCGCUUCAGUGCUCCAGGGGUCUCGGUUUAAAAACAAAUGUCGAUCCGCUUCGGUUUCCGUGUCAACAAGGCGAGAUUGUAAGAUUUUAUUUAAAUUCAAAUGUAUACUUUUACAAGCUGCUCGAUUAUCAACACUCUAAACUUGACUUUUGUUGAGUUUGUUUACUAUUUUGACUAAACGUCGUCUCGUUGACCAAAUGGAGAAUAAGCUUCUUACUUACCAAGUACGGAUGGAUUUUAUAAGCACACUAAACAAAAUGCCGUAGAUUAAUUUGUUUAUUUAUUUAUUUAUUUAGUCUUUUCAGACUAAAUUUUUUUUUUUUAUUUUCAGACGUAUGGGUCUGUCCGAUUACUGUGAAUAAUGGGUGUAUAAGCUAAGGGCUCGUAUAGUAAAUAACACAGACCUUCAGCCUCCGAGAAGAUGGAGCCGUAAAAACAGCAUCCGAUGUUAAGGUAAAAGUUUUUUUUUUUUGGACUUGCCGGGGGCCAUGACACUCAGACUGAGGUCGUAUUAGUCGGAAUUACAUCUAACCUACUUCCAAUGGCCAUCGCCGAGAGUCGGACACAAUCGGAGGUCGGGUUUGAGGCUUUAAUUUAUUGCAAAACUUUCGGGGUUAUGGUUUCGGAUCGUGGGGGGGAUUGUCUGGCCAUACCAGACAAUUAGUUUAAAAUCAGUCUCGGAGUGUCUGGUUAUCCCACGUUUUGGAGGAGGAAGAAGAAGAAGAUGGAUGCGGGAGUACGGUCCCACCAGGGCGAGGUGUUCGUCCACCCGCUCUCAAACCCGGGCGCACCGGGGAUCUUCCCCGAAAUGCUGGAGGUGGCGGAGGAGGCCAACCGGGCUGGAGACUUUAACCUGGCCGUGGAGAUCUACAGCUCCCAGCUUCAAGAUCUCCACCAGCCGGACAGGGGCUUGUGUUUACGGAAGGCCGACUCUCUGGCCCGGGCCGGACGGAUAUCCGAGGCGCUGGACUCUUACUGCACCGCCGCCAACCAGGGCAAAUUACGCACGGAGGAGCUCAGCCUCCUGGUGGAAGUCAUCGCCCGGACCCUGCGUGAAAAGGAGCUGGGCAUCACCGGACACGGUGAUGGGGUUCAAAACAACAACUCGGAGUCUGAGGAAGAUGAAGCCCUGGACAUGUUCUCCUGUCGCAUCUGUAAGUGUUUGCUCCACGAACCCACCACCGUGGAGUGCGGGCACACGUUUUGCAAACGCUGCCUGGAGGACGAUUCGUUCAGAGACUGUGUGCAGUGCAAGCAAAAGUUGAGCAAAAAAGACCAGCUGCCGAACGGCCGCAGAGUCAACGUGGUGCUCAGCGGCUUGUUGGACAAGCUGUUUGCCACCGAGAGCAAUGCCAGGAGACUGUGGAUAGAAGGGGAUGUUUUGUGGAAAGAGCAGAGCCUCUCAGAUGCCCUGGAGAAGUACAGCGCAGCAUUGGAUCUGGUGCCCUCUUCAGGCGGACUGCUGUAUCAACGGGCUGAGCUGCACAUGGAGAUGAGGAGCUACAGCCAGGCAGUGCAGGACGCCAGCAGCCUCUGCAGGAUCAAACCUCUCUGGACAAAGGCUCACUACCUGAGAGCCACGGCGCUGAGUAAAGCCGGCCACAACGACGAGGCUUUGCAGGAGUACUUCCUGUGUGUUGCCCUGAAGCCCGACUGGACCAAAGUGAAACUGGAAGCUCAGAAGGUUCUCAGCGAGGCGUUCUCGUCCGUGUUUGAGAACGAGGACAUGCCGACGCCGCUGCACCCUCUGCAGGGAGGCCUGACCACGCGCCUCAUCAAACCCCCGGCCUUGCUCCGGACCCUGAGGCCGCUCACGCAGAAGCCGGACUCCUCCUCACAGGACUCGGAGUUCAGCGUGACUAAGAGCGGCCCAGACGCAGACGACUCGUCCUCCAGACCGUCUGCCCUCUCCCCCGGCAAAUCCGACCCGGCCGCGGGGGAGGGCAGCACCAAGAGCCUGGCCGACGUCUUGGCCGCGCUGCCAGCUCCCCCCGGUGGCCUUAAGAGGAAGCACAGCAGCGAUGGCUCUUCGACAACCUUCAACCCCCCCUCCAAACUCCUCAGACCUGAUGAGACGAGCUCCAUCCAGACGGCCGCAGUCAGUGGAGGCAGAACGGUUUCCUCUGAGCUGUUGGACGUUGGGGACCUGGAGUGUUCACUCUGCAUGAGGUUGUUCUACGAGCCGGUGGCCACUCCCUGCGGACACACCUUUUGCCUCAAAUGUCUGGAGCGCUGCCUGGACCACAACCCCAACUGCCCUCUGUGCAAGGAGAAUCUGUCCGAGUAUUUGGCCACAAGAGGCUACAGCAAGACUCUGCUGAUGGAGGAGGUGCUGCUGCGUUACCUUGGAGAUGAGCUGGCGGAGAGGAAGAAAAUCCACGAAGAGGAGAUGAAGGAGCUUUCCAACUUGAACCUGGAGGUGCCCAUCUUCGUGUGCACCAUGGCCUUCCCCACCAUCCCCUGCCCGCUGCACGUGUUUGAGCCGCGGUACCGCCUCAUGAUCCGCCGCUCCAUGGAGACCGGCACCAAGCAGUUUGGGAUGUGCAUAGCUGACGAGCUCAAAGGGUUCGCUGACUACGGCUGCAUGCUGCAGGUGCGAGAUGUGAAGUUCUUUCCCGACGGUCGCUCAGUGGUCGACACCAUCGGUGUCUCAAGGUUCAAAGUUCUCAGCCAUGGACAGAGAGACGGCUACAACACUGCUAAGAUAGAGUACCUGGAGGACAAGAAGGUGGAUGGCGACGAGCUGGUGGAGCUCCUGAAGCUUCAUGACUCUGUGUAUGAACAAGCCAACAGCUGGUUCACCUCCCUGAAAGACAACAUGAAGAGUCAGAUACUAAGUCACUUUGGACAUCUUCCCAGCAAAGACCUGGAGCCACAGGGCAGUCCCAGCGGUCCCGCCUGGUGCUGGUGGCUGCUCGCCGUCCUCCCGCUGGAGAACCGAGCCCAGCUCACCAUCCUGGCCAUGGCCUCCCUGAAGGACCGCCUCAUCGCCAUCCGCAGGGUCCUCAUCUUCGUCACUCGCAAGAGGCCGCGGUGAUAAAGCGGCCGCCGCUGGGAAACCAUGGAGCAUCUAUGCAGUUCCGAAACGUGUUCAUUCAUUCAUUCAUUCAUUCAUUCAUCCGGUCCCUCUUUGACGUGAUUACUCACUCGUUCAUACAUGAGUUUACUCCAUCUACUCCUUCAUCAGUUCAUUAAUUCACCCCCAGAUGUCCAUGAACUCUUUCCUGUGUCAUUUUUUAUUUUUUAUUUUUAUUUUUUUAAAUACACGUCAACUGAAUUGAGAGCAUCGAGUGAGUCGGGGUGAUGGCACGAGGGGUUUUCUCAUCCAGAUUUCCCUCUGCCACCGCCGCCACGGAAGGAAUGAAGCUGUGAACGAGGGAUUUCUCGCUCUCCGGUUCUCCCUCCAGUUCGGAGGUAAAAGGAGUCGGGGGCCGAGCCGAGACACGGAAGGAACGAAGGAACAAAACCCUACUCUCACUAAGCGGCGGCGCGAGCACGAGCGGGUCGGGUCCGAGAGGGGAACGCGUUUUCACUUUCACCCCCACGGAGCCGAGUGGCCCGUUCUCUGCCGUGAACAGUCUGUGCAGGUACCGACUGAAAAAGAAGAACAAAAACUAAAAAAUAUGAAGCAAAAACACAAAACGCACACGACGAGAUGACAACGCGCACACGCACACACACGUGAAUGUACUGGUUCUGCCUGUAGGAUGCGGAUGUUUUUUCUUAUUUUAUUUUGUAUAUUAUUUCCUUUUCACUACAUUUACAGAAUCCGUUGUUGAGGUUCACCAACAACCAAGUCUUUCUGAAUCUUCCUGAGACGAACUCUGUGUGCAAAAACAACAAAAAAGAAAAAAAAAAACAAGACUAGAUAAGUAAAUAUACCCCGGUGGUGUUUAUCCUUGACAUGUACCUCAAACUACCUGGAAGCAAACAAACGAAAGCGGGCGUGAACGGUGGAGAAAAAAAGAAAAACGCACAGCGUGCAACGACAUGCUUGUUUUUAAAAGACUAAAUGCAUCCUCCCAGACGUCGCUGCAGCUCCUCUCAUGUCCUUUUGUAGCAUAUCUCUGGGACUUGCAGACAGUUAGGAGGUUGAUUACGUAUUUUUAUUUUUUGUUUGUGUCUCUGACUCUCUGCUACGCCCUUCGGUUUAUCUGUACGGUCAAAUCUCAAUUCGAGUGAUUUAUAUCAAUGUGACUCGGAGGCCUUUCUUCUGUUUUCUUUAAGGAACGUUUCAACCUGCCUCUUUCCCUUUUCUCUGUGCACUUACAUGCACACUGUAAUGCAAUACGCGUCCUUGAAGUUGCCUUACGUGUUUCCUCUAAACAGUUGAGACAUGUUCAUGUUUCUCACCAAAACACUUUGUGUGCGUCCCCGACGUCUGGCAAAUGGUAAAGAGCAGUUUUUUCCGUUUUUCUGCAAAGCUGGAAGCUGCAACACUGGGUUGAUUUGAUUCCUGUGUGUGAGCGCGCGAACGCUAAAAUAAACCAAAUUUACCAGAUGUUUAGAUUAAAAGUGAAGCUUUGUGCAAACUCUUCCACUGAAUAUGUAGCUGCUGUAACGUAUGGAACAUGCCAAAAUAAGUGAAUAAAUGUAGCAGCAAACACGCUAAACAGACGCUAGUUGAUGCAAAUUGGGAGUCAAAUUGUUUUGGUGAGAAUUGUUUGCAGCAUUUCUUUGCAACGCAGUUUAAAUGUCUGUGAGGAGGAGAAGGUAAAGGAACUAACGAACCGUCUCCAGAUCAUAAAGUAGAUUCUACCGGCAGCGACUAAAUGAUACUCGACGUCACUUUGUGUUCGCGCUGCUCGACGUCUUUUAACAAGUUGCAUUAUGAGUGUGUGUGUAAAUGCAUCGUUUUCUCUCGUCUGAUGUUCGUCCUUUCAAAUGUUCGUGACUCCGCUGCGACCCCCGGUUCUCGGUUAAAGGAGCGACGGGUCACGACGUGCUGCAUUUCCCUAGUAUGUUUGUAAAGGGAGCUCAAGAGAGAGCUCUGUUUUUUAAAUAAAGAAAAAAUACAUUCA